UCACUUAAAUGCUUAUCUGUUUAAAUAACUUUCCAAAUAUAUUUCACCUAGCCAAUUUUUAAUUUUUUUUAAUAACAGAUUUUUGAGAUAGAAUUCACACAUCACAUUCAGUGGGUUUUAGUAUAUUCACAGAGUUGUGUAACCGUCACCACUAUCUAAUUUCAGAACAUUUUCAUCACCCCUAAAGAAACCCUUUACCACUUUGGAGAACAAUCUAACAGGUCCUCAAAAGGUUAAAUAUAGAGAUAUCAUAUGAUGCAACAUUUUACAUUCCACUAGCAGUAUAUGAAGGUUCUAAUUUCUCCAAAUCCUCGCCAACACUUAUUAUUGUCAUUUUGAUUAUUGCCAUUCUAGUAGGUGUGAAGUGGUAUCUCAUUGCAGUUUUGAUUUGCAUUUCCCUGAUGACCAAUGAUAUUCAGCAUCCAUUUUUGUGUUUGUUGGGCAUUUGUAUACCUUCUUUGAAGGCAUACCUAUAUAGGUUCUUUGCCUAUUUUUUAAUUGGGUUAUUUAUCAUUUUAUUAUUUAGUUGUGAGUUCUUUAUAUAUUAUAGACACAAAUUCCUUAUCAUAUGUAUGAUUUGCAACUAUUUUCUCACAUUCCAUGGGAUGUCUUUUUUGCUUGCUUUGUGGUGUCUUUUGGAACACAGUUUUAAAUUCUGAUGAAGUCCAGUCUAUCGUUUUUUUUCUUUUGUCACUUACAGCUUUGGUGUCUGUAUUUUGAGAUCAACUCAGUUCAGUUCCAGAGUUAGCAUCAGAUCCCCCAAGUGAAAGGGCAGGAUCCCAAACAGAUUGCCCUUACUUCAGACAACAGCUUCAAAUAAGGUCCCAGUCCACUCAACUAGGCUUCCCACAAUGUGCUCAGGGUCAGUAAUUCACUAGAAUGACUCAACUCCCUAAAAGCACCAUCCUUAUGAUUACAGUUUUAUUAUAAAGGAUGCAACUCAGGCAUAGCCAAAUGGAAGACCCGCUCAGGCCAAAAUCUGGAGGCAGUAGAGGGAUUCCUUCUGUUUGUAGAAUCCUGGCACAUCACAGUCCCAGCACAUCAGUGUUCACCAACUGGGAGUCUCUCCUGAACUUUUUUUUUUUUAAAGAUUUAUUUAUUAUUUAUUUAUUUUAUUUUAUUUAUUUUUGGCUGCAUCGGGUCUUAGUUGCAGCGUGUGGGAUCCUCAUUGAGGCACGCGGGAUCUUUCGUUGGGGCGCGUGGGCUCUUCAUUGUGGCGCUCAGACCUCUCUAGUUGUGGCAUGCGGGUUUUCUCUCUCUACUUGUGGCGUGCAGGUUCCAGAGCGAGUGGGCUCUGUAGUUUGCGGCACUCAGGCUCAGUAGUUGUGGCGCGCAGGCUUAGUUGCCCCGCGGCAUAAGGGAGCUUAGUUCCCUGACCAGGGAUCAAACCCAUGUCCCUUACAUUGCAAGGUGGAUUCUUUACCACUGGACCACCAGGGAAGUCCCUCCGCUGUACUUUGUUGUCCAGAGUUUGUAUGUGGGGUUUCAUGACUAGGCAUGAUUGAUUAAUUCAUUGACCCUGUGGUUGAGGUAAGUCACCUGCCUUUCUUCCCUCCUGGGAGGUUGAUCUGGCCUAAAGUUCCAACCUUCUAAUCAGAUGAUUGGUCUUUAUGGUGACCCCCAACUGGAAGCGAUCCAAAGACCCAGGAUGAGUCACCUCAUUAGCAUAACAAAGAUACUCCCAUCAAUCAGGAUAUUUCAAGUUUUUUUUAUUAACUCUUUAUAAAUUGAAUAAAAGAUUCUUUAAAUUCUAUAGUGCUUUACAGUUUUCAGAAGUUUCACACAUAUGAUUUCAUAUAGUCCCAUAAUAACCCUUUUUUUUAAGCCUCUACCCCUAUAUUUCCCCUUCCCUCUUCCUUCUCCCCACUGUAACCACUAGUUUGUUCUCUGUAUCUGUGAGUCCGCUUCUUUUUUGUUUUAUUCACCAGUCUGUUGUAUUUUUUAGAUUCUGCAUGUGAUACCAUACAGUAUUUGUCUUUCUCUGUCUGACUUAUUUCACUUAGCAUAAUGCCCUCCAAGUCUAUCCAUGUUGCUGCAAAUGGCAAAAUUUCGUUGUUUUUUAUAGCUGAGUAGUAUUCCAUUGUGUAUGCAUAUACCACAUCUUAUUUAUUCAUUCAUCUGUUGAUGGACACUAAGGUUGCUUCCAUACCUUGGCAAUUGUAAGUAACGCUGCUAUGAACAUUGGGUGCAUGUAUCUUUUUGAGUUAGUGUUUUUGUUUUUUUCAGAUAUAAACCCAAAGUGGUAUGUGAAGCCCUGUGAGAACCAUGGACAAAAAUCAGAUAUUCUUCUUUUUUUUUUUUAAUACAAUUUUUAAAGGUUACAAAUUAUUCAUUUAACAAAUAUGACUGAUAAGCAGGAAUAGCCAGGUUGAAGUAACACCAGAAAGAGUGUGUUUUGUUAAAUCUAAAGGAGAGGCCAGCAAUGUCAAAAAAUUUCUACUGGAAUUGGCAAUAAAUGUUAUCAAUCUUUGAGAAGGCUCUUAGCCUUUUUGGAUUGAAAGGCAGAGGUAAAUGCCAUAUUGAAAAGGGGGUACAAAUACAUAGAAAAAGCAACAUCCACUGCACCAGGAGUUUCAGCCUGUGCUGUACUCAGUCACUAUAAAUCAGUCCAUAAUGACUAAUGUAAUAUGAUCAUUUCGUCUCUGACACCACCUGAAGCCUAGGCCUGCGCUGACAUAAACUACUUUAUGUCAGCGCUUUAUUUGCAAUAUUGACACUGCUGUUUCCAGCACAAUUCAAAUCACUGUCCCCCUUAGUCACAUUCACAAUGUGAGGCUUUCUUCCCAGCACUUAUCUCUGCACCAUUGUGUGUUCCCCCCUCUGAGACCCAGUCUGUCAUUGCUCCCUAACUCACCCAAUUUACCCGCAUUGACUCCCUCAAACGGAUCAUUACCCAUAACCUUCACCCUUAGUGGAGGAGAUACCUCUUCUGCUGUCAAGGGCUAGUCUCAGCCUGGAUGCUCUGAAGCUUCUUUCAGGGAUCUCAUUCCCUCACUUAUGCCCUUUCUCUGCUGUCUUCACCUCUCCAAAUUGAAGUUUGAACCUCAACCUCAGUGUCCUCUCAUCUGAAAAGUUUCCUAGAAGACAAAAAAAUGGAGGAAUUGGUAAACCAAAUGCAGCCGCUGAAUGAGAAGCAGAUAGCCAAUUCUGAAGACGGAUAUGUGUGGCAAGUCACUGAUAUGAAUCGGCUGCAGCGGUUCUUGUGUUUUGGUUCUGAAGGUGGGACUUACUCUAUCAAAGAACAGAAGUUGGGCCUUGAGAAUGCUGAAGCUUUAAUUAGAUUGAUUGAAGAUGGCAGAGGAUGUGAAGUGAUACAGGAAAUAAAGUCAUUUAGUCAAGAAGGCAGAACUGCAAAGCAGGAGCCUAUGCUCUUUGCCCUCGCCAUUUGUUCCCAGUGUUCUGACAUAAGCACAAAACAAGCCGCUUUCAAAGCUGUUUCUGAAGUUUGUCUCAUUCCUACACAUCUCUUUACUUUUAUACAAUUUAAGAAAGAUCUAAAGGAAAGCAUGAAAUGUGGCAUGUGGGGUCGCGCCCUCCGGAAGGCCGUAGCAGACUGGUACAAUGAAAAAGGUGGCAUGGCCCUUGCCCUGGCCGUCACAAAAUAUAAACAAAGAAAUGGCUGGUCUCACAAAGAUCUGUUAAGAUUGUCGCAUCUUAAACCUUCCAGUGAAGGACUUGCUAUUGUUACCAAAUAUAUUACAAAGGGCUGGAAAGAGGUCCAUGAAAUGUAUAAAGAAAAAGCACUUUCUGUGGAGACUGAGAAAUUAUUAAAGUAUCUGGAGGCUGUAGAGAAAGUGAAGCGCACAAAAGAUGAACUGGAAGUCAUUCAUCUGAUAGAAGAGCACAGACUGGUUAGGGAGCAUCUCCUAACAAAUCACUUGAAGUCUAAAGAGGUAUGGAAGGCUUUGUUACAAGAAAUGCCUCUUACAGCAUUACUAAGGAAUCUUGGAAAGAUGACUGCUAAUUCAGUGCUUGAACCAGGAAACUCAGAAGUGUCUUUAGUAUGUGAAAAGCUGUGUAAUGAAAAACUGUUAAAAAAGGCUCGUAUACAUCCAUUUCAUGUUUUAAUUGCAUUAGAAACUUAUAAAACAGGUCAUGGGCUCAGAGGAAAACUGAAGUGGCGCCCUGAUGAAGAAAUUUUGCAAGCUUUGGAUGCCGCUUUUUACAAAACAUUUAAGACAGUUGAGCCAGCUGGAAAGCGUUUCUUACUGGCAAUUGAUGUCAGUGCUUCUAUGAACCAAAGAGUUUUGGGUAGUGUACUCAACGCUAGCACAGUAGCCGCAGCAAUGUGCAUGGUUGUCACACGAACAGAAAAAGAUUCUCAUAUAGUUGCUUUUUCAGAUGAAAUGGUACCAUGUCCAGUGACUACAGAUAUGACCUUACAACAGGUUUUAAUGGCUAUGAGCCAGAUCCCAGCAGGUGGAACUGAUUGCUCUCUUCCAAUGAUCUGGGCUCAAAACACAAAUACAGCUGCCGAUGUCUUCAUAGUAUUCACUGAUAACGAGACCUUUGCUGGACAUGUCCAUCCUGCCGUUGCUCUGAGGGAAUAUCGAAAGAAUAUGGAUAUUCCAGCCAAGUUGAUUGUCUGUGGAAUGACAUCAAAUGGUUUUACCAUUGCAGACCCAGAUGAUAGAGGCAUGUUGGAUAUGUGUGGCUUUGAUACUGGAGCUCUGGACGUGAUUCGAAGUUUCACAUUAGAUAGGAUUUAAUCAUACGCACCAGCACAGUCUAAGAGGUCCAUUGCCAUCAGUGAUCUUGCUAAUACACCGCUACUUCCCAGCUAAUCUUAAUCCAAUGAAAGACAGUAGGAUGAUGGUAUAGUAUGUGCAUAAUGGAAAGUUUACCUUACCAAAAAAAAGGAAGGAACAAUAAGAUGAGCCCAAAGUUCUUUCUGUCUACUAAACUAGCUCUUGGGAAAUAGCUUCAGAAUACACUGUAGCCCCCUCUAUCUAAUAGAGAACUUCUUGUUGAGAGGCUGUAAGAUAGUCAAACAGUUUUGCUUUGGCGAAUAAUCACAUUUGUACUUAAAAGAAGAGAGAGCCAGAAGUGUAAGUAGUUCCAUAUCAUGUCACUUAUUUGAGAAAUGCCUAAAGUUUUCUUAAAUGUUUUCAUUGGUAAAGGACAACUUUGAUAAUGUCCAAAUAUUCUGAAAUGCACUGGACCAUGUAACUGUGAUGGAAUAUGAAACUCAUUUGUAAACUUUUAUACCAAGGGGGUUAAAAAAACAAAAAAAAAAAAAGACAUUUGAUUAUGAAUGAGUUUUACAAAUUCCUUUAACAGUUUUCUACAGUCACAUAAAUAGCAGCUUUCUCAGUCAGUGAAAAAGAUAUUUUGUUUCUGUGGUUUAAUUUACACUUGUAGAAUUGUUACCAUUAACCAGAAACAUAAGGGAAACCCCUGAGAUCUGAAGUUUGUGUCAGCUAAGGAAGUCUAUUUUGGUUUGCUUUUGUUUGUUUAUUGCUGUGAGUGAGGGGGCAUGACUUGACAGUUUCCUCUGGCUUAUAACAACAUAGCCACAUGUAGGCACACUUUUUUUUUCAUUCUCUUAAAUGAAAACAGAUGUUUCAAGCAUUUAACUCCCCCCAUUCAUAAUCUGAAAGUAUGACAAUUAAAAUCUCAAACAUAGCCAGAUUAGCUUUUUCCUUACUUUAAAAAUAUUGUUUUAAUUACUUUUAUCUAUUUUUUUAGCCAAUUGUAAAUGGGUUUUAGAUAUUUCUAAUGGUAAACAUGUUAGUGGCCUCCUCUCUCUUUGUCCAUUAUUCAUCUGUGGCUUUGUCCAUUAUUCAUUUGUGACAAAACAUUCUUUUUUGAUAGUAUAAAAAAAUAAUAAAGCAAGGUAGGUCUUUCAGGUUUGAAAGGCAAUUUUUGUGUGGCAUAUUAUCACUAACCAGUCUGUAAGAAAUUAAUUUUUUCUAUUUUAUUUGUGUAUAUUAAACUUCCUAUUCAUUAUAAAGUGCACUAUUUUCUUGAGCAAGUAUCCCUCCUUUGUGGGGAGGUUUAACCUGUUGAACUGCCAGUAUAUUUGCUCAUAAUUAUAUCAUGGCUGUCUAAGAUAAUGUGCACAUAAAACUUCAGUUUUUAUGUAUUGUUCUUUAAAUGUAUUUAAAGAUUUACUGGGGAUUUAUAAAGCCCUUCUCAAUAUUAUAUGAAAAGUCAAACUAGUAAAUGUAAAUUAUACUUUCACGUGCUUGGGGGUUAGAGGUUUUAUGUUUUGGGGGGCAGAGGGACUUACGUAAUGUUAGAAUUUGUAUAUUUUCUUCUGUUUCAUGAGAAAUUUGGGCUCUGGGAGUAAUAAGACAAUGUUCCUUUCAAACUUAUUUGAUAAAUUAAUGCUGGCCUUGUCUGAUAUGUAGCUCUGCCUUCAAGGCCACUGGUAGCAAUUUGUAAAUAUUAUGAUUUACCUGAUUUUUUUGUCAGCAAAGCUAGUAGCACCAUUACCCCCCCAAAAAAAAAAAAAUACAUGGCUUGUGAUAUCUGUUUUUUAUCCUCUGUCAGGCAUUGGAUUUGACAUGUUAGCUACUUUUGAUACAUUAAAAUAUUAUGUUCAGAUUGAGUUUAAAGAACCUAACAGAAUUUUGUAAUAGUACUUGAAUUCUUUAAGUAAACCCAAAAUUUUUUUUUUUUUUUUUUUCCUUUUUUUUGCGGUACGCGGGCCUCUCACUGUUGUGGCCUCUCCCGUUGCGGAGCACAGGCUCCAGACGCGCAGGCUCAGCAGCCGUGGCUCAUGGGCCCAGCCUCUCCGCAGCAUGUGGGAUCCUCCCGGACCGGGGCACGAACCCGCGUCCCCUGCAUCGGCAGGUGGACUCUCAACCAUUGCGCCACCAGGGAAGCCCCAAAAUCUUCUUAAAUUAAAAAUUAUAACAUGAUCUAACUUUUUAUUCCUAAUAGAAAUGUUAAGUGGAAUAUAGUAUAAACGUUUAUUUCCUUCAGUUAAACACUGUUUCUAUAUUGUUUUUAGACAGAUAUGUUCAGGAACUAAUAUUAAAUCCAUCAGAAGUAAGAUUAGAUGUGACUUUUUUGAAGUCACAGAAAUAAGUCUAUUAAAUGGUAAGAUUUUAGAAAGAAAAAACUAAAAGCCACCACUGAAGGUAGCUUUAUUUUCAAAUCAUGGAGCUUUAGAAGCUGGAAGAAACCUUAGAAAUUUAAAAGGUAAUUGUUUGAGUUAGUUUAGGGAUCCAUGGUCUGAGAGAGUGUGACUUUGGAGCCCUAGAUCUAGAUCUAGAAACCUUGGUCUCUUCAUUCCCAUUCCAGUGUUCAUUUCCCGACAAAAUGGGAAGACAUUGACUUACAAGAGUAGGUGAUAAAAUAGAAUUAUUCAAGACUUUUAUCUUUUUAGGUAUUAGGAAAUAAUGUAUAUACAUGAUUGCUUUAGGAGUAGAAAAACAGAACUUGUGAACAUGUAUACUUCUGUAGUUCAUAGUAACCCUCAAGCACAAUUAAUGUCUUAAUAACCUGUAUUGCUAUAUAACAUAGUCAUAUAGAAAGAAUAAAAAAACUUUACCUCAUUAUGAAUAAAAUGUACUCAAGUGAUAAAGAAGUUUUAUUUUCUGAAUUACUUCUAGCAUUAUUGCUGAUUAGGAAAAUGUUGCUUCUAAAAAACAAUCCUAAGAAAAGUAAACUUUAUUUCCUAGAAAAUAUGUAAAUAUUUUCAGGAUAUAGUUGUAAUUAGUAAAACAAAAACUAAUCUUAUGAUCCUACCCUAUCCCUGUUAGUUGAAAUUUCUUGGAAAUUCCACUUAUUAACACUUAUGUAUUAUUUAGUUUAGUCAUCAUUUUAGGAAAUAUUGGUGAGGAAGACACUAGUGAAUGGGAUUUAGCGUUAUACCCUUCUGGAACCUCUUUUGCUUUAUCUAACUUACUGUGUGACUGUAGACAACCAGUUUAACCUAUGUGAUUCAAUUUUGCUAUCUUUAAAAAGUAACAUAUCUGAUGCUUGGCUCAUAGAAAAAUCAAUGAUUUUAUAUCUGUAUAAAACUUGAAAUUGGGAAGAAGGCUUGCAAAGAAAUUAGAACUUUUUAAAAAAAUUAAAAACACUUUUAAUAGGAUAUAUGUUUUGAAAGAUAAAAUGUUUUAGAAAAACAGCUCAGUAGGCUCAAUAAUUUUUUUAAACACUCCUGUUCUGAAUGGGAAAAUGUGGAAGAAAAAUUUUAACAGUAAAGGUAAUGACUAAAGAAAUCACUAUUCUCUGAAAAGAGAAAGGAAUAUAUUCUAUUAGCUAGAUCAAGAAAAACUAACUCAUACUCUAAAUGAGAAGAUGGUCUUACAAAAAUUUGCUUAAUGUUUUAAAAUAACAGGUAAAUCUACAAACGAUAGAAUAUCAGUUAAUCAGGAUUUUUUUAUGCAAAACAAUUUAAAAUUAUUUUGGAAAUUUAAGAUAGAAUUUCUGAAUAAAUUUGAGGAUCUGACAAUUAAGAAACAUCUGUGGAAGCACAGUAAAGCUACAUCUAAACAAUAAUUAAAGGGAAAUGGUUGUGAUCACUUAUUGGACUUACUUCAAUUUGACCUAAAGAUGAUAUACCCACAGAUCUCUCCAUAAGUCCCUUACAGUUAGUAAUCACAAAUGAAAAAUUCUAGUCUUGUAUACCACAGACUUGGGUGAUUCGUUAAGGCUAUAUCCCCUCUAGAGAAAUGUCAGAUAGCAUCAAUGUAAACAUGCACAAGGGAGAAUUAGAAAAAAGAUAAGUUAAACUAUUUCAUUAGUUGUAUUUACUGUAUGCAUUCAAUUUAGUAUAUAUCCCAGUUACUUGCUGCCUAGUCCAUUAUUUGUUGGAAGAUUCCUUCUAUACCUUUUUUUUUUUUCUUUUAAAAUUCCUUUCUUCUGACAUUUUGGUCUUCUGUUUGCUUUUCUAGUCCUGCUGUACCUGAGUAAUAAAAUAAAUGACAGGAAAGUCACCCAUAUUUAGGUUUGGGAUACAUCUUGCAGAUUGCUUUUUGUUCCAUAUAGAUUUAAGGUCAUAUUGUUUUCAAAUUAAUAAUGGGCAGGUCUCCUGGAACAAUAAUUGAAUUGAUAAUUAUCUCCCCAAAUCAAGUUAUAUUGUAUACCUUUUAUAUUAGAUGUUUGCAGAAAUGUUUGCAGUUAUUCAGCCUUUGUUUGCAAUUAUAGAUGUACCUAGCUCUUAGAAAAAGCACUCUUUGAAAAAUAAUUAAGUGAAUACUCUUUCAGAAAAUAGCAUGUCUCAGUGCUCAUAUUUCCAUAAUUAUAAAGACUACCCACAAAAUCUUUGUCUACCAAAUACUUCACAGAGCUUAUAUAUACAUGGCUUGUAGCAUAAAAGGUCUUGUAAAUGACAUGUAUCCACAUUCAACAUUUUUUUAAUUGGUUAGUGUUUUAUUUGCUUUUGAAAAAUUAUUAUGAAGUUAAUUUAAAAAUUCUGUGGUAAUAUUUUUCAUGUAGAAAACUAAUAAUGUUGUUAAACUUACUGUCUGAAUAGAACUAUAAUAAAUGACACAUUUUCCUAAACCCUGAAAAUACCAAAUUAUAUAGGAAAUUGGUAGAAAGAAACAUAAACUUAGGAGUUAUGUUGCAAAAUUCAGUUACUAAAAUUAAGGUGAUUAUUUUCAAUGAGAAUUAAUUUUGUAAAUACAAUGAAAAGAUAUAAAAGAUGUUUCUGAGCCUAAGGAGAUUUUUCCCUUUGCUUCUAUUUAAUUUAGCACCACCAUGUGUCAUAUUAAUUUUAUGAACACAAGUGAUAAUAUACUUCAUUUUAAAAUAUAUUUAAAUUUCUUUGCUUUUAGAAGUUACCAGAAUCUGUUCUUGAACAAAAGAAAUAGUAAGUUAGCUACACUUCGCUGGCUUCACUUAAUGAAUACUUGGAUUGUUAAGUGUAGUAAAUGAGGUUAAAGUCUUCUAUAUAUCAUUACCACAUAAUUGAUGGAAAUUAUAUCAAUACAAUCAUUGUAUUGAAACUUCUGUUUAAAUUCCUUAUUAGGCUUUAUUUGCAAUGUAAACUGUUUAGAAUCCAUAGAUAGCCAAAUUAAACAUAUUAUACAAUUAAUGAACAGUAACCAAGAAAAAGUGUUUUUGUUCACUAUUAUUCUAAAGAUGGACUGCUUGCAGUUCGGUAUGGUGUGACUAGACAACUUGUAAUGCAUUUGAGUUAUAUUUUCUUCCUUUUAUUGCCAGCUUCUGAUAAUGAAGAAAUUCUCCAAGAGAUGAGAUAUAUAAAAUCAUCUUUUUUAAAAAAAAACUGAAUGGGGAAGAGGUAUUAUAAUCUAGUUCUAAACUGUCCAUUUGCUUUAUAUAAAGGCUUUGAUUUUCAUAUUUGACCACUCAAUAAAUAUUUAAAUUAUACAGACUAAUGGCUGCAUAGAAUAGAAUUUAAGUAUGCAAGAGCCUUAAAGUGAAAAAAAAUGAGCCUUCUGACUGCCUUAAAAUAUGACUAGCUCUCCAACACAGGCAUACGUACUUUGCAUAGGGUCUGUUCAUUAAGUAAUGCCUUAAUAGUGUCAGUGUUUCUGAAGUAUAGAACUCGAAAGGUCUUUUACAGCUUUCUCUUUUACAUAAAGAAUGGAAAUUUAAUUAUUAAGUUUUAAAACCUGAUUGUACAUUAGCUGUUUAAGCACCCAUUAACAGGAUAAUCUAGGGACACUGAUGUGUUAUACAUACAUGACUGUUAACAUCAGUAAUAUUUUGUGGUAGUUUAAGGUUUUUUAUUGUUUUGUAUAACAAAUUAUCCAGGAAGCUGGACUCUGUAACUGAUCUCCAAGGACCAAGUUGCAUAUUUAAACACUCUGAAUGAAAAAUACAGUUGUACAGUUCCAAAAAUGAUUAAUUUUUUAAGGGAAUUUUUCAAGACAAAAGGCAAAUAUUUUGUUUCAAGCCUACCAGCAAAUUCAUUCAAAGAAGUGAAUAUAGUUGUAAGACAUUGUGACUAUUGCAAUAAAAAGUAUCCAGGCCAGUGAUGUUUAAUUACAUUCACAUUUUUACAUUCACUUUGCCUUUCAAAGCAGGAAUAUUUUAUAAAAAUGAGAGAAAACUUUAAAUUGUCAAGCUGGUGCUUAAAAGUAUAUAAAGUUCAAUUUAUAACAAGUUCCAUUUCAAAGAAAAAGGACACUGAAAGGAGGGGCAGGGGGUUUCCUAGGUCUGUUGUUGAUCAACUCACUGAUAACUUUGUUGAGUCUUCCAAGUUUUCACUGUAAAUAACAUACCUAGCAAUGUAAUUCUGCUGUUUUCUGAUAGAAAAUGGAUGAAAUACUAAUGUAUGAAAUUUAUUUCAUGACAAAACAGUUUUCACCAAUACUGUGAAAUCUGGACUCUCCUUUCUAGCCCUGCAAAACCCCAUACUGGAUAAAUCAUUUUAGACAUGGAGUGCAGGUGGGCACAAUGUGAACUGUUUCUGGUCACUUGUAUUAUUGUAAAAAUUGAUAGAUGUACCAAAUAAACUCUAUGCACAUCAA